GACGCGCCCCGAGAGCCUGUUUCCCUCACCUCGUGAGCAGCCAUGAGGGCCCGCCGGAGGGGCGCGGAGCCGCGGGGGGAGCAGGACCCGCCGGUGGCGGCGGCGCCGCCGGAGGAGGAGGAGGCGGCGGCGGAGUCCCUCAUCGCGCCCCCUACCCGCGCGCGGGGGCGAGGCGGGUCGGCCGUCGUCGGGCGCGCGCGCGCUGCCGCCGCGGUGCGUCGCGGGCGGCAGGCGGAGGAGUACGUGGUGGGGCAGGUGGCGGGCAGCCUCCGGCCGGGCGGGGCGGCCGCCGCGCCGCUCGCUAGCCUCUUCAGCGCCGCCGUCCCCCCGCCGGUACUGGUGGCCGUGACGGGGGAAAAUAAGAAAAGAAAGCAUACGGAAGAAGUGGAGAAAGCGUCAGAAGACCAGAGCUCAUCUGCCAUACAAGAACCUCCUACAAAAGCAAAGAAAGCCAGAAAGAAGGAACUUUCAAAAGCAGAGAAAAAAUUGGCAAACAGAGAGAGCGCUUUGGAGCAGGCAGACGAAGAAGAGGAGCAAAAAUUGCUUCAAAACAAGGCAAAGCAAAAAAAGGGGGCUUCUCAUGCUAUCACCAAAAGUGUCGUUAAUUCAGAUACAGGCACUACUGUAAAACAACAAAAGAAAAGAAAAGCGGCUGAUGAAACAGUAAACAGAAGAACAGUGUUUGUUGGAAACUUGCCUGUCAACUGUACUGUUCAGGUGCUGAAAUCUCUUUUUAAAGAGUAUGGACAAAUAAAAUCCAUUCGAUUACGGUCUUUGGUUCCAGCAGAAGACACUUUAUCCAAAAAGUUAGCAGCAAUAAAACAUAAGGUGCACCCUAAUGCGAAGUUCAUUAACGCUUACGUUGUAUUUAAAGAAGAAUGCGAUGCCAUUAAGGCUCUAAAGGAAAAUGGAACAGCAAUUGCUAGUGGAUUUCACAUCAGAGUUGACAUUGCAUCAAAAGCCAAUUCACAUGACAAUAAACGAUCUGUAUUCUUGGGAAAUCUCUCGUAUGACAUCAGUGACGAUGCUGUGCGAGAACACUUUUCUGUCUGUGGAGGCGUAGUAGCAGUGCGAAUUGUGAGAGACAGACAGACCGGCUUGGGUAAAGGCUUCGGCUAUGUUCUCUUUGAGAAUACGGAUGCUGUACAUCUUGCUCUGAAACUCAACGACUCUGUUCUGAUGGGAAGGAAGAUACGAGUGAAGCGCUGUGGAGAGAAGUGGAAAGCCCCACAGAAAAGUCCAAAUCAGUCUCAUGCUCCUAGGGACAGAGUUGAUACCACGUUAAAAAACAAGACGUGCUCUAAGGAUUCAUUUGUUGGCGAAAAAGCAAUCCCGUUAAAGAAGAGCACUAAACCAAAAAGACCAAAAACUAUUCCUAGAAAUGAAACUGGGAAAAACAAACAGUCUAUUCCUAGAAAUAAAGCUGCAAAAAACAGAGAGUCUUUUGAUAAAAAUCAAAUGUAUAAAAACGCUCAUUAUUGUUAUAAAGAUUGAUGUAUA